AUGCAGCGCAACGAGCUGGCCGAGCGCGAGAGCAAGAUUCGCGAACUGGAGCGCCAGCUUGCCCGCCUGACAAACGCUCUCCCCUUGCCCAGGCUCGGAGUUGCAAGCGGCCGCCCGAAUGGCGGAGUUGGCAAGCGCCACCCGAAGCAGCACAGCGUGACCAAGCGUAAGUCGCCGGGGCUGGGCACUGCCGAUGCGUGUCAUGCGCCCCCGCCGCGCAAGCGCGGACGACCCAGCAACGCUUCCAAGGCCAACUCCGAUGGUAACAAGCAGCAGCGCCCUAGCGCUUCUCCUCUUAGGCCAAGCAACGACAGGUCAGGAGGAGCGGACGACCAACAACUCUUCAUGCUGAAGACCCUGGUGACGAUGCUGGCCGACGACAUGCGGAAUGUGAAGAAGCAGAACAGGGAGCUGAGCGUAGAGGUCAGCGAGCUGCGAGCGCUUCACAAGCAGAGCCAGCAGCGGAUUCGGCAGCUCGAGCGCCUGCAGGAGCAGAACGACAGCCGCAUCAACGCCCUCAUAGCCCACAUUCUCACAUCCUCCACCUUCACCUCAUCACCGCCAUCGCCAUCGACCUCGACCUUGUCAUCAACCAUGCCCGCCCAGUCUGCCAUCUUGUCAUCUUCUACGACAAUCUCGAGGAGCGAGGGGCUCGACAUGGGCUCGCCAUUCCCGCGGGCCUUGUCGGUUUCCCAAGCGUUGCCCUUCCUUCGCGAUUACACCGGAAGCAGUCUCGUCAUCGCCGACAUCAGCCAAGCGUUCAUCGUGCUGCGCUCUGUGGAGAAGACGGACAAUCCGACCAUCUCCUACGGCUCACCCAGCGCCUGCGCUCUCUUGGGCUACUGGCCUGAGGAGCUGGUGAGCCGCCACAUCACAGACAUCGGGUACCCCGACAUUGACACACUGGCAGUGUUCAUGGCGGCGAUCCAGUGUGAGCCACCGCCCACACGCGUGGGACCGCCCUUCACCACCAGCAUCGUGUGGCGGCGCAAGAGCGGCGAGGGCUGCCGAAUCCAAUGCCAGCACCAGAACUUGUGGCCCGGCCCGCCGGGGCUUCCUCAAACCAAGUGGCACCUGGUGCGGUUUGACCGGGUGGUCGAGAGCGGGCUGCCCUCACCCGCGCCGCAGGACCUGACCUCGUUGCUUCAUGACCCGCUCCUGCAAUCCCUGCUCCGUGCCAAGCUUGCGCUCUAUUCUACGCCUUUCCUGCUCCACUCUGUACCACCAGCGGCACCAUCGCUUUCUGCGGAGGCGCAGCAGGCCGCAGACCAGGGCAACGUCGACGAUGCUGGCUUCGAUCGAAGAGAGGACCAGCUCCCUCAGCACCAGUCGUGGGACGAGAACGGUGACCUGUUCUCCGCCGUCGGCCAGCAGGAGCUCGACAACGACACAUUCGACCUGGACGAGCUGGUCGCCGACAUGCUGCGCUCGCCUCCCGACAGCGGCGGCGGCGGCGGCGGCGGCGGCGGCGGCCAACUGUUCUCGAGUCUGGCCGACGACAUCGGUUGUGCAUAG